CCGCCAACGUGUUCACUUGUCCCGAAGCCAUGGCAGCUAAUCAACUUCCCUUUGCGGUGGACAAGUGUCCCAAGGAGUAUGACGAGUACAAGUUCACUCUGCCAGCACUGUACCGUGAAGUAGCCAAAGAGGAGCUCCGGGAAGAUGAUCUCGUGCGUGAAAAGGCCCUCACCGAAAUGCGCCAUUGGAUUGCGGAAAACCCUUACAUCUUCAAAUGCCGCACGGAUGCCAAGUUCUUGCUCCGAUUCCUGCGCUUCCGUCAGUUCUCCGUACCGAUGGCGUGUGAGGCGCUGGAGCGCUAUCUAACCGUUCGCGAGCUGUACCCGGGCUGGUUUAAGAAGCUGGACUGUAACGAUCCUAUCAUGCAGGAAAUAUUGGACUACGAACCGUUCACCUACAUCGGCCAGGACAGUGCGGGCCGGGCGGCGUUCCUUAUCCGAUUCGGUCGGUUCAACAUCGAAAAGCAUAGCCCGUCGCAGGACGCUCGGUACAUGGCACUGAUACUGGAGACGGUGCUCGAGUGGGAAGAGUUCCAGAUCGGUAGCUGUCAGGUGUUUGUCGACUAUCGGGGCUGCACCGUCGGACACUUUGACAAGUGGAGCACGAGCGAGCUGAAGAUCAUGAUGGACGUGUUCAGCCGCUCGUACCCUUUGCGGUAUGGUGAAAUUCACGGAGCAAAGCUACCGAAGCAGGCCGUGCCAAUCAUUGAGACGUUUCUUUCGUUCGCUAACCCAAAGCUGCGAGAAAAGAUCAACUGCUAUCCAACGAUCGAGGAGCUUGAGAAGCGUUUAGAGCCUGCCUGCAAACCGACCACUUACGGAGGCACGGUAGACUUCGAGGAGCUUAACCGUUCGUUCCGCAAGCGGAUCGAAGAGCAGCGAGAGAUCGUGCUCGGGCUCGAUGGAAUGGAGAUUGAUGUGGACCAUUAUACGUCGGUUUGGGAUGCGGAGGAAGUUUUGCCUGAGGCGGCAGCUGCAGGAGCUAUGUUGGAACAAUUGAACAUCAAAUGAGACAAUUUCCGAAGCAUUGUAACUGUUUGUAUCUUGAUGUUCAAUGUCAAUAGUAUUCUUCUGAGGUGCUUCAGAGGUUUAUAUUCGAAAUUGAGAAAUUAAACAUGACAACACUUUCGAUAGGAAUUAAUAAAUAAAGAUGUUCUGAAUUA